AUGCCUCGCUCCCACCAGCCCGUCCCAGACAUCACCACCAAACCCAACACCGCCACCACCACCAUCAGUAACGACUCCGCAAACGACCACGGCCACCACAACCCCGCCUCAGAACCCAUCCAGAUCCAAGCGCAUUCACCCCUCGCACCGCCCCACUCACCCAGGCAAGGCAGCCGUCGACCUCCGCCCUCGCCCGCAAACAGCCCCGGCAACAUCCCAUCCUCGACCCUCAACUCGCUCUCCGUGCACCACCCACCCACGGCCUACAAGCGCGCACGCACCGUCAGCCCCAUCAUCGACGACUACAGCUCUGACGUCGACCACGACCACCGCUCCCCCUACUCACAGCCAAACAGCGACAACGACAGCGACCCAGCACACCAGCAGCAGCAGCAGCUAGGGACGACACACCACCUACCGCUCGCUACCUCUUUGCACCCGACACCGCUGCGGUCCAGCCACUCGAUCCUGCCCUCCACAACGCCCCCCUCCUCGGCAGCCGCAGCCAUGUCCGAACCCGGCGCCAACAGCGCCUCCGACAUGACCAUCGAGGGCCUCAUGACCGAAAAGUCGCUCAGGCUCGACGACCCCGCCGCAAAGCUCCAGCACGACGCCGCCAGCGCACCAUCGCAGCCCGCCGACGACCUGCCAACCUACUCCGCCGCACUGGCCGACGACUCGCAGCCCGUCCUCGACAUCGCUGCGACCUCGAGACCUUCGGGCGCAGAGCAGCUCAAGGUCAUCCGACCCAUGAAGACCCAGCCCAUGGUCGUCGGCGAGAAAUGGUACCUCAUCGACCGCAGCUGGUACAAGCUGUGGAGCACGGCCGCCGCACAGGAAGCCAGUGCCGCCGACGGCGACGACGGCGACGACGCGCCACUCGUCGUCGGUCCCAUCGACAACCGAUCACUGCUCGAGGAAGGCUCGAGCGAGUCGGACCCCUACCUCCGCACGCAGAUCAGUGAGGGCCUCGACUUUGAGAUGCUGCCAGAAGAGGGAUGGCGUUUGCUGGCAUCGUGGUACGGCGUCGACGGGCCCGUGUUUUCGAGGCAGGUCGUCCCCGGCAUCAACCCUGGCCAGGAGAGCAUCGAGUUCUACCCGCCGCGGAUCCGGCUGCUGCGGAUGACCGACGAAAUGGCCGAGACCGCGGAUCGUGGCGCACCCAUCGUGGCCAUCUCGGUCAGCCAGCCGCUCAGCGACCUCAAGGCGCAGGCAAAGCAGCUGCUGGCGCUGGGCGACGAUGUCGGCGACAGUAGCAUCCGUUUCUGGCACGUGCCGGAGCCCGAGGUCAGCGAGUUGCAGCGAGGCACGGUAGCAACCUCGCGCAUCCGCGACGAAGGCGUCGAGCUGGUCGACAACAACGAGGACAAUGCACUGCUGCACCGUCCAGGCACCAGCCUGAAGGAGCUCGGCCUGGACGAGACGGAGCUCACGCUGGCGGUUGAGACCAAGGCCGGAGGUCGUUGGGCGUCGGAUCCGGCGCCCGCUGCGGCGGCGGCGUCGUCCAAGGCGAGCCUCUUUGCGCAGACCAACGGCGACUUCUUCGCCAACCUGCAGCAGGGCCAGCAAAAGUCGGCUGCGCCGGCGCAGCUCUCGACGGCGUCCUCGUCGAUCGCACCGGCCGAGGGUCGGUGCCUCAGCAACACGUACGAGCUGCAGCAGUACUUUGUCUCUGGCGUCUACCGCGAGGAGCUCAACACCGACAACCCGCUCGGCAUGGGCGGUGCCAUCGCUGAGGCGUUUGGCAACCUGAUCAAGCAGCUGUGGGACGGCCAGGGCGGCUCGUUCUGGCCGCGCGAGUUCAAGCACGCGCUGGCCCGCUUCGCGCCGCAGUUCAGCGGCUACGCCCAGCACGACAGCCAGGAGCUGCUCGCCUUUCUUCUCGAUGGUCUCCACGAGGACCUCAACAGGAUCAUCAAGAAGCCCUACAUCGAGGCGCCCGAUUGGGCCGGCGGCGGCGAAAAGGAGAUGGUCGCCUUUGCCAAGAAGCAGUGGGACAUCUACAAGGCGCGCAACGACUCGGUCAUCGUCGACCUCUUCCAGGGCCAGUACCGCAGCACGCUCGUCUGCCCAGACUGCGAAAAGGUAUCGAUCAAGUUCGACCCGUUCAUGUACCUCACCCUGCCCAUCCCCAACAAGAAGAAGUGGCGCUGCUCGGUCUUCUUCGUCCCCCAUGACCCGACCAAGCAGAUCACCUCGCUCGAGGUGCAGCUGCCCGCCGGCGCCAACGUCGGACAGCUUAGGCAGAAGGUCGCCUCGCACUUUGGCGUCGCCACCAAGAGGCUCAUCGCCGGCGAGGUGUGGUCGCGCCGCAUCUUCAAGUGGGUCCAAGACUACGAGCCCGUUAUCGACAUCAAGUCCCAGGACUAUAUUUACUUCUGGGAGCUGCCCUCCGACUACUGCCCGCCCAAGCGUGUAUUCAAGGGCUACCGCUACCACAGCACGCUGGCAGACGCCGAGGAAGGACUCGUCAUCCCCGAGGAGGAGGCUGCCAUCGUGCCCGUCUUCACCAGCAUCGACUCCAGCAGCGCUGGAGCCAGCGGCAGCAGCGGCGCUUCUCGCGCCUUCAUGAGCCGCAGGAACGACCACCGUGCCGCCGGCCUACCUUUCUUCGUCGCCGUGCCCAAGGACCAGGUCAACGAUCCGGAUGCCAUCCAACGCAUCGUGCUGGAGCAGUACAGGCGCUUUUCUCCGCACCCGGACCAAAUCGAUGCCAGCGCGGCAGCCGCAUCGACCUCGAGCGGAGCAGCCGGCAUGCAGGAUUGGGAGCUGGUCGACGAGGCCACCAAUGCACAUGCGGCCUCGGACGCCGUCGUCGACGACGUCGUCGAGUCUCUGCCGGCGCCUUCGACUGCUGGCGUGGUCACCGAGAUCCGCGAGGACGGCGUCGCCGUCGAGGUGCCGGACGUCCAGGCCGACGAUGCGCCAGUCAUGGUCGACCGGCCCAGCGAGCCGGCGGUGCAGCCGGUGCACAAGGCGUCGUCCAGGAUGAUCCAGUCGAUCAAGUUCACGACGGUCACCGAGGCCGGCAACCCGUUCCCGAAGGGGGGCAACAACGACUCGACCGAGCACAUGGCCGAAGACCUCGUCGAGCGGCUCGCGCGCCUUGCCCAGCAGGCGUCUUCGGCAGAGCCGUCGAAGGCCGUCAAUGCCGACGCGACUUUCGAGGACGACAUCGUCACGAACGCUCCGGAAGUCGACGAGCUUGCCUCGGACGCGGCGAUGCCGUCGCCCCCCGCAACGCCAGAACCGCAGUCGGAUCACGCCAAGGGCAAGGCCGAGGCGGUUGCGGUCCCUGCCGGCGGGCUUCCUCUGGUCUACACGUCCGGCGCCCUCAUCUGCACCUGGACGGCCGAGGCGUUUGAGAGGUGCCUCUUCACCGCCGAGUCGAGCCACCAGUGGGGUCAGUAUGCCGAGGCCGUCGACGACGAGAUUGCCAAGGAGCGCAGCGCCGCCAGCAGCGGCGGGGCGGCCAACGCCAAGCCAAAGGCGCUCUCGAUUGAGGAUUGCAUGGACGAGUUCACGCGCGAGGAGAAGCUGGGCGAGGACGACCCGUGGUACUGCCCGUCGUGCAAGGACUUCCGCCAGGCGACCAAGAAGUUUGACCUGUGGAAGGCGCCCGACAUUCUCGUCGUGCACCUCAAGCGCUUCAGCGCUGGCCGGCACUCGCGGGACAAGCUCAACGUCAACGUCGAUUUCCCGCUCGAGGGGCUCGACCUGAGCGAGCGCGUCGAGGGCGCCAAGGCGGCACGCCGGGUGCAGGCCGAGGCGGCCGAGUCGGGCGAGGAGCUGGGCGAGAGCAUGUACGGCUCGGGCAUCCUGCAGCCGGAGCAGGACAACGACGACGCGGUGGCCAUCGACGCGCCCAUCUACGACCUGUACGGCGUCGACAACCACUUUGGCGGCCUCGGCGGCGGCCAUUACACGGCCUACGCCAAGAGCCCCGCCGACGGCAAGUGGUACGAGUUCGACGACUCGAGCGUGCGGCCCGUGCCCAACCCCGAGACGGUCAAGAGCUCGUCGGCCUACCUGCUCUUCUACCGGCGCCGGACGACGCGACCGAUCGGCGGCAAGUCGAGGCAGAAGUUCCAGAAGGCGGUCAGCGAGAAGGAGGCGGCGGCAGCAGCGACGGCAUCGGCGCCGUCGUCGGUGAUGAACGAUGCCGACGACGACGAGGCGACGGCGGAGGGUGCGCCGCGGGUCGGGUCCGGGCUGACUCUGGCGUCGACUGACGCCGACGAGGGCGACUCGGCGCAGCCGGCGGGCUGGCUGCCGUCCUUUGGACGGGGGGUAGGGUCGACGGAUGUCGACGACGACGACUUUGACAUGUUCAAGCCGACGGCGCCGAGCAGCGAGGAGGGUGCUGAGCCCGGCUCGCCGCGCAGCUCGCUGAGCAGUCUGGGUUCGCCCGACGUCGACUAG